AUGGCGCGAUUAACUGACGACGGUCAAGACGCGGCCAGCGACCCUGCAGAGAUUCUAAGUCCACAGCCAUUUGUUCCUCCUGGCAAGGGCUUUCUCGUAUCCUCUCUCGAGUCCAGCAAUGAGACCUAUCACCAGGAGAAUGCCCAGAUGACCCCCGCCCAGAUGACCCCCGCCCAGAUGACCCCCGCCCAAGACUACGAAUACAACUCCUCACCGUCCUCCGCGCGCCACUCCACAAGCGAGGUCUUUGGCCAUGAAAUGGAUGAUGAACUAGAACAGCUAAAAUCCAGAGCAUCCAGCCGCUCAUCACUAUCCUCAAUCCCAGCCUCCGUCCUCAUCCACCCAGUCGACCACAUGAAACAAAUGCCCGACAUGGACAUACACGAAAAGAUAGCCGGUUACAGAAUCGAGGCGUCCGAAGCAAGUUUCGGCGAUUUCAAUGACAUACCCGCAAAUAUUCGCACGAUUCGCCAGCGCGAAGCAGCUUUUCGCAAACCAAGCUCGGUCAGAGCGAUGCAGAUGCAUACAGAGGACGAAGCCGAUGACGACGAUUAUCUGACACCUCCACGCCGACGGCAAGGUCUCCGAUCGCCUGGCUCAUCGCCGCUGAAACGCUCACAAUAUUACUCGUCAAAUGCAUCGAAACAACCAAAGCCGAAGAAGGAGGCGCCGCUUGUGCUGUUGCACUGCACUUUGCUCCCGCCAUCUCUUCCAGUCCCUGGAGCAUCUGAUCCCAGGAAUCAGGAUAUCCUGGAAGACGAGUUGCCGGCAGCGUACUGGAGACGCUGGCGGCGUCUUCAAGACCGGGUUGGAUCGGGGGUACUUCGGGAUCGCGGCGUGUUGAUCUCGCAUCCGGAGGAUCUCUACGACAUGCUUGAGGAGCGGCUUCUGGAAAGCUUGGAGCUGCAGCGGCCACGUCUACAAAAUGGGCACUUCUUGGGUCAUGACGACCACAGCUCUGGCUCUGGAUCCGAGGGAGAUUUCUCGGACAUAGGCGAGAGCGAAACGGACGGGGAGCAGGGUGAGGAGUGUCCCGAUUGUGGAACUCAUGUGCGUCAUGGCGACAGUAACCGCAAGUGGGAAAUUCGCGUCUUCGCUGCCAACGGAUUGAUGCGCGCCGGGGCGUGGUCCGCUGCUUGGCACGAUAUGGAGAAGGUGGAUGUCGAGGUUGGGCUUUGGUUGCCUUCUGAUGUCCGCCGUGGGUUGGAGAGGAGGCUCGCGGAAGCGCAGAUGGCCGUUACCGAGCGCGCCCAGGACCAGACGUCGCAGAUGCACAUGCACAUGCAGAUCUCGUCGUUGGUGAAUCAAGACAAUCAGGUUCCUCAGGAUAUUUUGGAGUCGCCCAGGCCAAGCCAUGCCCGUAUGAUCAGCGAUGGGGGCUCUCUCCGGUCUGACGGUAUGUCGUUUAGACAGGCUUUCCCUGAAGCUCAACCUCAAGCUCGGAUUGAACAUGUGCCGGAGUUUAAACACGAGAGGAAAGAACAUGAAGUUGCUCUUUCAACUCUCCUUGUUAAUUAUAUCCGUGUUCUUGCUGCUGACAGGCGCAAUAUUGCGUUGGUGAUUCUCAGCGUCCUCGUAGCUUUUCUAGCUUUUGGGUCUUGUGAGCAGCCAGCGCUAUUUUACCCUGAUCUCGGUUCUUUCUCGCAGAGCAUGUCUCAUGAUAUCCCGAGCUCCCCAGCUAUGAGCUUGAGCGUGACUUCGUCUUUGUCGGAUUCAGCUCGCUCCGUGAUCUCAGUCGAGGAGACCAAUGCACCAGUCUUGAGCUCAAAUGAUUUAUUGCCAAGCUCCAAAUCCAUGCAUGCUGCUCAAAGCGAGACACCUCCCAUGUCUACUGAGACAGUUGAGUCUAGUUACAUGUCUGAUGGCUCUUCUGAGCCUCAAAUCGUGUCUACAGAGUCUGUGGAGCCUACUGAGACAACACCGUCCCCACUCAUAGAGGCUACUCAGUCACAAACAGAAGAGACAGCAUAUGUUUCAUCUUCCUCUGCUUCUGCUGUUGAAUUCUCAAGUAUACCAGAAGAGGCUUUGGAGUCUACAGCGACUAUAGAACCCCAGUCUGAAGGCCCAGCGGAGGCUUCUUUAGCUGACACUGUAGACUCUCCUACUGUGUCUAUAGAGUCCGCUCCUUCCUCCGCUGACUAUGACGAAGUUCCAACUCUGUCGGAUGUCUACGUGGAGACUGAAACAUCGCAAUCUGAGAGUGCAACAGAUUAUCCUUUGGAGAUUGAGACCUCUCCUGCAGUAUCUUCGGAAUCUCCUUUCUCCUCUAUCGAUGCUACCAUUGUGUCUGAGGAGACUGAGGUGUUUACAGAGACUACCCAGUCUCCGGCUGAGGCCACAAUAGAGACACCUUGGAUUGAUGCUGUGGAGACUCUUGCUGCACCUGCAGAGCUCACACUAUCGUCCAUUGAUACUGCCAUUGUGCCUGAGAAUAAUGUGGAAUCUACGGAGGCCACCCCGUAUCAGGUUGAAGCCACGAUAGAGACCCCUUCGGAUGACGCCGAGAAGAUUCUCGCUGCGACUGCAGAGUUCACACCCUCAUCCAUUGAUACUGCCAUUGUGCCUGAGAAUAAUGUGGAAUCUACGGAGAUCAUCCCGUACCAUACUGAGGCCACAAUAGAGACCCCUUUGGUUGACGCCGUGGAGAGUCUUGCUGCACCUGCAGAGUCCACGCCCUCCACCGAGGAUAUUGAUUCUCCCACUCCUUCGGAUGUGGCUACCGAGACUGACCUACUUCAGUCUAACACCCAUGAAGAAGACGAGGAAAGAAAUGAAGAGCAAGCAUAUUGA